CUUGAACUCGGGUUCAGGUGGGUUCUCCCGGGGGGAGCACAGAAGGAGACCUUCAGGGAAGACCAGCAAGGUGACGUUCCAGGGUCAGAAGCGGACACUUCCCCCAGACACUUGCCGGGGCUGCGCCACGUCCCACGCAGACCUGCUCCCCCGCCCCGCCGCGCCCUCCCGCGCCGAGGGGGGAGCAGCGGACUCCCGUCGUCUUCCGUAUCCAGCAUGCGAUUGACUUUUUCAUAACUUACGACUAGUCUAUGAAACGAUCAUAUUUACUCCGUUGCUUUUUUAAUGGAGGUCGAUGGGCUUAACGAUUUCCUCCGUCAAGUCAUUUACUUCUGAGCCAAUAGAUAACGCCUUCGUCACAGUGUUCUGGGGGGAAAGUAACUAUGCGUUUGUUCUGCAGAUGCCCAAGUCCCUCUGAAUCGUGCAGAUUGGUGCUGAGCACGCAACAAAAGUUUCUAGCUUCCCCUCAGUUUCUGGUGCUUCGCAGGGAAGAGGAAAGGACCCUGGCGUUAAAUUCCAGACGCGGCCAGGGAACCACCUCCUGUAACUUUCCUUCUCUGUUACCAUUUGCAAUGAAGAGAAAACAGAAGAGGUUUCUGCAGAUGACUCUGUUGUUCAUGGUGGCUUUAAUUUUCCUGCCCAAUGUCGGUCUCUGGUCUCUGUACAAGGAGAAGCACCUGGUGAAGUCUGCGGAGCCCGGGGAGCAGCAGACAUUUCCACUGGGCCUGGGAGAUGGGCAAUUCUAUGCAUGGACAGAUGGUUUGAGAAGAAAGGACUGGCAUGACUAUGAGAGCAUUCAGAGAGAGGCUAUGCGCUCAGGGAAGGGCGAGCAUGGGAAACCCUACCCGCUCACCGAAGAGGACCACGAUGACUCAGCUUACAGGGAAAAUGGGUUCAACAUAUUUGUCAGCAACAAUAUUGCUCUGGAGAGGUCCCUCCCGGACAUCCGCCACGCCAACUGUAAGCACAAGAUGUACCUGGAAAGGCUGCCGAACACCAGCAUUAUCAUCCCCUUCCACAACGAGGGCUGGACGUCGCUCCUGCGGACCAUUCACAGCAUCAUCAACCGGACCCCGGAGAGUCUGGUAGCGGAAGUCAUCCUGGUGGACGACUUCAGUGACAGAGAACACCUGAAGGAUAAGUUGGAAGAAUACAUGGCCCGCUUUUCCAAAGUCAGGAUUGUUCGCACCAAGAAAAGGGAAGGGCUCAUCCGGACCCGACUCCUGGGGGCGUCCCUGGCCAGGGGAGAGGUCCUGACCUUCCUGGACUCCCACUGCGAGGUCAACGUCAACUGGCUGCCCCCGCUGCUCAACCAGAUUGCACUGAACCACAAAACCAUCGUGUGCCCCAUGAUCGAUGUCAUUGACCACAAUCACUUCGGGUACGAGGCCCAAGCCGGGGAUGCCAUGCGGGGCGCCUUCGACUGGGAAAUGUACUACAAGAGAAUCCCCAUCCCCCCCGAGCUGCAGCGGGCGGAUCCCAGCGACCCUUUCGAGUCUCCCGUGAUGGCUGGAGGUCUCUUUGCUGUGGACCGAAAGUGGUUUUGGGAGCUGGGUGGCUACGACCCCGGCUUGGAGAUCUGGGGCGGGGAGCAGUAUGAGAUCUCCUUCAAGGUCUGGAUGUGCGGAGGAGAGAUGUUUGACGUCCCGUGUUCCCGAGUCGGUCACAUCUACAGGAAGUACGUCCCUUACAAAGUUCCCUCUGGGACCAGCCUGGCAAGAAACCUGAAGCGGGUGGCGGAGACCUGGAUGGACGAGUUCGCCGAGUUCGUCUACCAGCGGCGCCCCGAGUACCGGCACCUGUCCACCGGGGACCUCUCGGCCCAGAAGGAGCUGCGCAGACAGCUCAAGUGCAAGGACUUCAAGUGGUUCAUGGCGGCCGUGGCCUGGGACGUGCCCAAGUACUACCCUCCGGUGGAGCCCCCGCCCGCGGCCUGGGGGGAGCUUCGAAACGUGGCGGCGAAUCUCUGCGUGGACAGCAAGCACGGGGCCACGGGCACGGAGCUGAGGCUGGAUGUCUGCGUCAAGGACGGUUCUGAAAGGACGUGGUCCCACGAGCAGCUCUUUACCUUCGGCUGGAGAGAAGACAUUCGCCCUGGUGAGCCGCUGCACACCCGGAAGUUCUGCUUCGACGCCAUCUCACACAGCAGCGCGGUCACCCUGUACGACUGUCACGGCAUGAAGGGGAACCAGCUCUGGGGACACCGGAAGGACAGAACAUUAUUCCAUCCUGUGAGCGACAGCUGCAUGGAUUGCAACCCUGCAGAGAAGAAGAUUUUCAUGGCCAGAUGUGACCCCCUGUCCGAGACGCAGCAGUGGAUUUUUGAACAUAUUAAUAUGACUGUUUUAGAAAAAUUUAACUACCAUGCCAGCUCCUAGAAAGAAACAAAGGAAGAAGGAAAGAGUGGUUACCUACAGAUUAUGAGAACUAAAUUUUAGCCAGCAUCUGGGUCGAAGGAGUCAGGAAUAGCAUUUCCUAGAUCCAGGAAGCCUGGUUGGAAGAUUUGCCAAUGCCGUGUCAAAGAGGCUGCCCUGAACAACUUCCCGCACCUGAAGAAAUUGGCUGAGACCCUCACCAGCUGCUUCUGAGAACUUGAGACGAGCAGUGAGCUCCCUUGCUGGCCAAGGGCAAAGAUUAUUUAGGGACCUUUCCAAACACCUGCUGAGUUAAUAAAUCCUAGCAUUUCUCAGGUCAAAUCCUGCAGUAGUGAGUAGCUAUGAAUGGAUCCUAUUAAGUGGGUGGGUGGGGGGAGGGAUAGAGGUGGAGCGCGUGACGAUCUGAUAACCUGAGGAUGGACACCGUGGGUCCAGAACUAGCCAUUCUCCAACCAGAAUGGGUCAAAAGUUCUGCACAAGAUUCUAGAGUGCUCAUACCAUUCUGUUUAUCGUUUUAUUUUGAAAUGAGAGUGUGCUAUCUAAGACAAAUUACAUCACAAAAUGACAUCACGAAAUGGACUUCCAGCGGUCCCAUGCUUUGGUUUUCGUGUGCCAUUUUCCUCUAACAGCAGAGGUAACUUACUGGCCACAAAAGUUCGUGCCCCAUAAAUCAGCUGAAGUUCAAAUUCAGUGCCCGUGUAUGAAUCCAGUUUAAAAACAAAAACCAAACGAAACAAAAAUCUAUGCUACCCAGUUACUCCAAAGAGAAAGAUUUCAUGGAUGCAGCAAAACCCAGUAAGGUUUAGGAGAGGAAUUUCCCCAGGAAAUCUACUUUUACUUUUCUAUUAUUUUUAGAAUUUUAAAAGUCUGCUGCUUGUCCUGUCAUAGUUUUAUUAAGGAAGGAAAUGGAGUGGGGUUGAUGUAACCUGUUUAGGAGAUCCUUAAAUCCAAAUAAAUCUACACUCCAAGUGACGACUGAAAAUGGCUUGGCACACUUCAGUGAUGCAGAGAGCUGGUUUGGUUUUGCCCUGGGUUGGGUGUUCUGGUUAUUUUUUUGGCUUUAUGUUGUGGAUGUUAAUAAUGUUUCUGUUCUCUUUGGAAGCACACAGAAGGAAUUUCCAUUAAUAAAGUGCUUCUGAUCCCAUUUUCUGUUAAUGGGACAAUAUUUCAGGAAUGAAGAAAGGGAUGAUUAAAAAACUAAAUGGAACAUUUAACCCUUGAAAGAACUGUUUUACUUUUCAGUAACAACGGGGGUGGGGGAGGACUAUACAGGGAUCAAGGUGAGUCUCUCGAGGACAGAAUCAUGUUUUGUUUUGUUUUGUUUGAAUCAUAGUUGUUAUA